ACCUUUCUGGAACUCACAGAGUUAAUUAAGGGCUUGGACUUGUUCAGCAGUUAAAAAAUUCCUGGUGGGAAGAGAAAGAGGGAGUGUCACAGGGAGAGAACAUUUACUGCUUGCAGCACUGUAAGGAGGUGUAACUAUACUGUAUGUGGCUGUACUGCAAUCUGUCAGUGCAAGGUAUCUUUCCCACUAACCAGAGGAGUUGAAAAGAUGGAACGGUAUAACAUUUUUAUGUAAAAGGAUUUUUCUCUUACUUGAAACAUUUUAUUUAUAAAAAGUUGGGAAUUAAAUCACCAGUUUUGUGAUGUCCAAGUCCAACAUCUCAGUCACAAGGCGAUUAGCACGGCGGCAUGUUCCCUCUCUGAUGGGCACCCGAUUGUCACUUGACAGUUCUAUAAUUAAGGAUAUUUUCCGUAAAUCAGUGGAGUCGCUUUUACUAAAUUAUGAAGAGUUUUUAGCUGCUCUGUCUAAGAUGAACUCUUUGGUACUUAACACACUGCUACAGGCUGAUGCCGAUGACCCAGUGGGGAAAGAGCAUCUAAAACUACUGUUGAUCCUCAAUGAAAAAUUUCACACAUUGUGGGAUUUAACUACAACAGGAUACAACACACUAAAACAGGACUAUGACAAUUCUUCCCUAGAUGUUCAAGAUUUUUACUUCAUCCAAAAUGAAAAUAUUUUUCUAACAGGCUACACACAAUACUUUGUGGCAGUCACAAACUACAUGGUUGUGAAGGGAUUUGACAGGGCAGCUAAGAACAGCAGCAGUCACUGGAAGACAUAUAAAAAGAAUUUAAAGCAGCUGGUUCGAGAGUCGAAUGAAAUUCCAACUGCUAUUUUGUUACUGAGAGUUUUCACUGACCCGGUCAAACAUUACGUGGAGCAAUGUUCCUUAAUAUUUUCCCAGCUCAAUCGAACACUUUUGGAGGUGACAGAAGAAGAGCUGGUCACAGAUUCGCUAAACAUGUUUGUCAAACUAAAGACAUAUAUAAGUCAGUCUCUGGAUGAGGCCUCGCUGACCAAGAGCUUGUGGAACUCAUUAUCAAACAGACUAACAUAUGCGCUAUGUAUAGCUGAGCGUAGGCUUCAGGAAGACAGCAGGAAUAUCCCGAUUGCUGUCACCACAGGCAGAUAUGACCGAGUGCUGCUCUUUGAUGACGUGCUUGUGUUCCUACAGGGGAAUGAAGUUCACAGGUUCGAUUUACAGACAGUUUGGCUCGAUUCAACAGCAAAACAGAAAUCUGAUCCAAAUAACUUGGUCCUGCGCAUCAUUACCCCAGAAGAGGAAUUCUUCAUUUCUGCAAAAGAUCCACAACAUCAGGUUUUGUGGUUGUGGAAACUAAACCAGCUUAUCCGCCAGAGAGUGAAUGGAAACAGAGAUUUACCUUUAUGGGGUGGGACAGGGGAGGCCAAUGACCCUCCAACGUGCCGCCUGUGUACAUACACAUACAAGAAUGAUGGCAGAUUUAAGAACGCUGUAUAUGAAGGAGAAAUGUCCUGGGGAAAACCACAUGGCAAGGGCAGGCUGAAAUGGCCGGAUGGGCGCAAUCAUGCAGGUGACUUCAAAUUUGGCCAAGAAAACGGCUUUGGAGUCUGCCUUAUGCCCAACUCUUCAGAGGACCAAUAUGAUUGCUAUAAAUGCCACUGGAGGGACGGAGCUAUGCAGGGAUAUGGAAUCUGUGAAUAUGCCGAUGAGUUUGUGUACAAAGGAUACUUCAAAGAUAAUAUGAGACACGGGUUUGGGAUCCUGGAAAGCCCCGUCACCAAUACAAAUCCAUAUAAAUACACUGGCAACUGGGAGUGUGACAAGAAGUCCGGAUAUGGUAUAUGGGAAAGCACUGACAGAGGGGAAAGAUACAUUGGAAUGUGGCAGGACAACCAGAGACACGGACCAGGUGUGGUUCUCACACAUUCUGGAGCUUGCUACCAAGGCGUCUUCAACUCAAAUAAACUGGUGGGGACUGGUAUUCUGCUUUCAGAAGAUAACACAGUUUAUGAAGGAGAAUUCACAGAGGAGCUUAUCUUGGCUGGGAAGGGAAAACUCACUUUAUCCAAUGGUUUUACUCUGGUUGGAACAUUUUACAAAAAUACCACUUCUGGUGUUCAGACUCAGGGAAUACUUCAUACCUCCUGUAAGCAGCAAGACGAGACACAGCAAAAUAAACUCCAGUUUGGUGUCGGGAUAUUCCCAGUGGAAACAAGGUGGCAAGGAAUCUAUGAACAAUUCCAGAAAUUUCUUGAGUCUGGGUGUAAAGGUGAAACAGAAGAAGCUUUCUUAGGGUUUCAUGUAAGAUCAAGCAAAAAAAUGCAGAAAUCUCAGGACUACCUCUACUGUGAGAGGGCCACAGAGGAAAUUUCCGGCAGGAUAGAAGACAUUAUGAAAGACAUUAGCCUUCAUCAAGGGCGCGAGGGAAUCCAGUGCUACUUGGAGAAGGCUUUCAACUCUUCUCGUCACCCAUUUAAAAAGCUACUGAAGAUUCUUGCUGUAGUUUUCCAGGCUGCCUAUUCUGGAAUUGGAGCAAACUUGCAUCUUCUAACCAUGGCCCAAGAGGAAAUAAAGUACUAUGCAAAGAGAAUAUGGGAGUUUUAUAGAGACCUGAUGCGGACGGCAGCACAACAGACAGGUCAAACAUUUUCUAUUGUUAAUAAUAACAUUGAUUAUGAUGAUGAAGAUGAAGAAACAAGGGAUUUGAAUUCCUACACUUUAAUUCUACCUCUCAUACUCCCUCGAUUUCACCCGGACCUCUUUAUGCUGCAUAUGCUGUAUUACCAGGAGGAAGACGCCCUCUACUGGCAAGGAAUUGUACGACUGGGUCUCCUUACCGACACUAAGCUGUUAGAGUUUUUAGAUGUGCAAAAGUCUUUAUGGCCACUGAGAGAUGUUAAACUAACGUCCAAUCAGAGGUUUUCUAUCAUCAGACACAAAUGCUUCCAUUCAGCAACCGAGUGCUUGCAAAAGAUAAUCUCUACAAUGGAUCCAAGUGAGAAGCUUCAAAUAAUUCUCAAGACGUUAGAAGAAAUUGAGAAAACGGUAUCCCGAGUAAUGGAGAAGGAUUAUAAACUUCCUAUGGAUGAUCUGCUGCCAUUACUUAUAUACGUUGUGUCACGAGCAGAAAUACAACACCUUGGGGCGGAAAUACAUUUUAUUCGAGGUUUGAUGGAUCCUCAUAAUAUGGGAGGGAUUUAUGAUUUUUCUCUAACUGCACUAGAGGCAUGCUACGAGCACAUCAAAAAAGAAGAAGUACGGCACUACAAGGCCCCUGCAUUAUGAUCUGCUGAGUUACUACAUUAAACUGCUCUAGGAAUGGAAAUGACUCACAAUAGACUUGUUGAUUCUGCGCAGUACGUCUCAACUCUAUCAACUAUGACAGGAUUCAUUUUCCAUGAUGCAGCUCUUCAAACUAAAAGCGCAAUCCUACUGACUUCCUUGCACUUAUAUACUCAGGAGGAGACAUAUACAGCAUUACAAUAGCACAUGAUAACUCAUACGCAUUUUGCUAUUUUACACCAUGAGGGCAGUAUCCCAAAUUCACACAUAGCACUGUGUCUAGAUAAUAAUUUAUUUCUAGAGCACCAACAAAUUCAGCAGCUCUAAAAGAUUCCGCAAAUUGGGUCUAGAUCUAAUGACAUCUUGAAAAUUAGGGAUAGAAGUAGAUUUAGUUGUAGUAGCGAAACGGCUCUGAAAUGCAAAUUAAAUAACAGCUGGAACGUAUAGAUGAGGUAAAAAGCUCAUUCAUUUCUCAAGUCUUAAAAAUAGAAUAAUAAAAUUUGAAUUCAUAUUUUAAACUCAACAAUUUAGCUGCAGCACAAUAUCCAAACAUUUAGGUUCUAAAGAAUUUUGUUGAAAGAGACAAAGAAGCCAACAUUAAACUUAAAAUAAUUUAGUUACAGCGUAUAAUUUAAAAAUGAAAAACAAAUUACCGGUAAUUCUAUUAUCAAAUUGACCUCUGUAUCUUGGUAUUAUUUUACACAUAAACUCAGUGUAUUAAAAAAAUAUUAAUUUUUGUAUGUGACUCAGAACAGUAAUCUCUCAGCUCCUCAUAAGUAUUAUAUUGGGGUCUAGAGAAGGAAAUCAUAUUUUAAUUGAUGGAGAAUGUUUUUAUUUUAUUUAUUACUUAACAGCUGUUGAGUAUUCUAAUGCGAUUUAUUUUGCGUUAUCUUGUUUUCUCGGAUUUAAGAAUAUUAACCAGAAACACCUGUGUAUUUAAAAAAAAUAA